AUGCGGCUGCUCAAUACCAGAACACUGGAGUUCAGGGAAUCCCAUGGACCCAAGACCGUCAAGUACGCCGUGUUAAGCCACACUUGGACCGACGGCGAGGAGAUCGGCUACCGGGAUUUCCUUGACCUGAACCCGGCAUGGACCACCAAAUCCGGCUUCCAAAAGGUGCAAGGGGCAUGCAGGACAGCACUCGCAGACGGGGUGGAGUGGAUAUGGAUUGAUACGAUCUGCAUCGACAAGUCCAGCUCGGCAGAGCUAUCCGAAGCCAUCAACUCGAUGUACGCAUGGUAUCAAGAGGCAAGCGUCUGCUAUGCCUACCUGUCAGACGUGCCAGACAUUGAGCCCUCAGAGCGCGAUUCACUUCGGCACUUUCGCGAGAGCCGGUGGUUCACCAGAGGGUGGACGCUCCAAGAGCUAAUUGCACCACGGGGGGUUAUAUUCUUCUCCCAUUCCUGGAAGAAGAUCGGCUAUAGGUCUGACAAGUUUCUACUCGGCACGGUGUCCGGGAUAACUGGGGUACCUACAUCAAUCCUGACGGGAAGGGAGACCCUGCACCAGAUCAGCCUUGCUAAGAAAAUGUCAUGGGCUGCAAGACGGGUGACUACACGCGUCGAAGACAUGGCCUAUUGUCUUCUGGGCAUCUUCGAUGUCAACAUGCCUCUUCUCUAUGGAGAAGGUACCAAGGCUUUUACCAGGUUGCAGGAAGAGAUCAUCAAAACGUCCAACGACCACACCAUAUUCUGCUGGACUCGCGACAAGAAGGCAAAUGUACCAGCAGACUGGACGAGCAUGCUGGCCCCUUCACCACUGGCUUUCGCCGACUCGGGAGACUUCAUCCCUGUCGACGCCUGGGAGAACCCCGUGCCAUAUCCCAUGACGAACCUUGGACUUUCGAUUCACCUGCCACUUAUCUAUACCUUGACGCAGAUGUUUGUCGUCCUUGAUGCGGGGCUGUCAAGCGGAAGCCGCGGUGCAAGGGCUUGCAUUGCUAUGCAGCGCGCCACACAGAGAAGGACCGCGACAAACAUACUGUACCGGUCCAGGUUCUUCGAGUCGGUCAUGAUGCUGUCCGCCGAAGCGACGGAUAGGAGGGAGGGCCAUGACCUAGUCAUCCGGUCCCGGCACAUCCUUCACACAGAUUUCGAUGGGCCAUAUCUAGCUCUUCCCGAACGCCGGUUCAAGCAUGGUGUUAUGCUCUUUGUCCACCCCACCGCACGACAGCUGCUCUACCCUGGAAGACACGGCAUGCCCUUGGGGUCGAUGGGUUACGAUAUAGAAAGUCACCCCUCGGGGGUGUUUGACGCCAACACGGCCAUCCUGAGACUACCGGCCUUCGACGGUGGAAGCGCCCUUCUGACGUCCGGGCUAUUGCGUAUAUGCUUCAAGUCGCCUCAGGACCAUGACUUGUAUCUAUUCUUCGGUGUUGUUUCCACCCUGGGCGGGAAAGAAGUCUGGCGCUGCAAUGUCCACUUCGUGGACGAAAUGCACGACUUCCUCACGCACGCGAUGGAACACACCGAGCGGCAAAGACGCGGGGACCGAGGAGUCAGCGCUGAAGAAGUCCAUCAGUAUCUGCGGCUGGAGGCAUGGAUGGACGAGUGCGAGGAACUACGGGCCCAUACCUCGGACGAAUCGCUCUAUGUCUCGAUAGGCGGACAGCUGCCCGGCGAGGUGGGGACGGACCUCAGGGCUGCUUUGCUCUCCGGGUCUGAGGCCUCGCCACAUCCGAGACCGCUCUUCGACGACAGAAGCGUUGAUGACGAGCACGAAGAUGAGGAUUUUGUCGAGGUCGAAGAAGACGACAGCCAGGAUGCCACGUGCGAUGAUGACGAUGCAAAUGAGAGCCCAAUAAGCUCAUACUAUAUAUCAUCUGGCAUAUCGAGGGCGGAGACACUAAAUCAUUCCCAAUGA